ACGGCCUUCGGAUUAGCUAUGUUGCUUCCACUGGACAAGGAAGUCUUGUUUGGGCUCCUGUGUGUAGCUUGUGUCCCUGGCGGAGGGAUCAGUCAUGUGGCGGUAAUCAUCGCGGAUGGAGAUGUUGCUCUAAGUCUCACUAUGAAUCUAAUCAACGUGGUCGCCAUUUUAGCAACUGCUCCGCUAUGGAUUUUUGUGCUGGGCCAGUACUUCCAGUCCGAUACGAACGCCGCACUCAACCCCCGGGUCGUCCCCAUCUACUAUUUUGAAAUUUGGUUUGUUGCGGUCUUCCUGGCCUACUCGGCGGGCCUAACUAUCAAACACAUGCGACCUCACAUCGCCGACUCCAUCCUCAUGUGGCUGAUCAAACCGUUUUUGUUGCUGGCAAGUAUCCUGUACAUAACUUUGGGAGUCUACAUCAACAUGUACGUAUUUGAACUGGUCGUCGGGUACGCACUGCUCAGCUCCAUGUUGCUUCCUCUGUUUGGUUGUAUUCUCGGAGGGCUCCUGGCCACCAUUUGCAGACAGAAGUACUCCGUCAUCAAAACAAUCGCUCUAGAGGCCUCUAGUCUGAACUGCCUGGUCGUCAUGGUAGCGCUGAGGUUUUCCUUGAAACAACCAGACGCCGAUCUAGCUGCUGUCAUUCCUAUAUGGGUCAUGUUUACGAUCCCUGGAUUUUUUGUCUUCCUGGCUAUAUGCAAUAAAGUGAAAGGAAUUCUGCUUCAUUUCUGGAAGAAUAGAAACAAUAAAGAGAGCGACGUGCUCAGCUCCUCCAAGGCGUAUUCUAUAAGUUCGUCGGUGGUCAGCCCGCCUGCGACCACCACGCUUUCUGCUCCGUUGGUCACCACAGAUGGACUAGACGACGAUGCAACAAUUAGUACAACUAGUAAUCAAAAAGUUACAGUUUUGUAG